AUGGGAUACCUCGAAAUUCGAACUUUACAGGAACAGGUAGUGAAACACUUUGUAGGAGGUAGAGACGUUUUUGUGUCCUUUCCCACCGGCGGUGGCAAGUCGCUGUGCUACGCUAUCCUACCGCUUGUCGUACCUGCGUUUUCUAGUGCCAGGAAGAUUGAUACCAGACUCUUUUGGCAGACCGUUUCACUGGAGAACGAGCUCGAGUUGAAGACGCUGACAUCGGUUUAUUGCAUUUUGUACUUUAUUUCUGGAUUUGAUCUUUACGGUCACGGUCAAUGGACAGUCAGUAAGUCAGGUCGAAAUGGAAUACAAGGCACUCCAGGCAGUCCCGGAAUGCCGGGAAGAGGCGGCCUUGCGGGUUCCAGAGGCCUCCCAGGUGACAAAGGGGCAAAAGGAGAACCUGGAAUAGCUUCUCCUAGAACAAGUGGUGUUACUUACAUUCAAUGGGGAAGAAAACGGUGUUCGGCAACUGGAGUACAAACCCUUUAUUCUGGAGUCGCUGCUGGGUCGCAUUACGGUCACGGUGGAGGUGGAGCCAACACUCAGUGUCUUCCACUCAAUCCCAUAUGGGGAUAUUCUAGAAGUGGUCGUCAAGGAUCCAGUUAUAUUUAUGGAUCUGAGUACAAACUCGAUCAAGGCAUUCAACCAUUCAUCAAUAAAGGAUUGCAUGACCACGAUGUUCCUUGUGCUGUGUGUUAUGCUGCCACUAAGAACACUCAGUUCAUGUUACCAGCAAGGAACAUCUGUCCCAGUGGAUGGAGCAGGGCAUACUAUGGAUAUCUCAUGACCGCACAUCAUGGCCAUUCAGGAAGAAACAUGUACGUGUGCGUCGACCACAAUGCAGAACCGACAGUUGGAAGUUCUCCAAACAAUAAUGGCAAUCUAUUUUUUCCUGUUGAAGGAGCAUGUGGAUCACUUCCUUGUCCUCCCUACGUAGAUGGUAAAGAGCUGACCUGCUCUGUGUGUCUCAAGUAAGCAACAACACAAGAUCAAAACUCAAUUUAGUGACAACGUUUGCACUAGCUGUAGCAAGUUUCUGCCAGCAACAGGUAGCAUAAUCAUUAGUUAUAAUUGUCUAUGUACCUUACACAAUAUUCUCUA